AGAGCAGGGAGAGUGAAUGCUGAUUGGAGGAUCUUGGGGUCUUUCAUCUGCCAGCCUUAAAGAACACAGCGGUACUCGGUUCCUUGGCAGUCACGCCAUGCUCACCAUGGGUAACAGGAAUUCUAAGAAAGAAAAAGAGAAAGAGCACAUUGUCUCCAUGAUGUUCAAUCUGGCAAAGCAAUCUGGCAUGAUCCCUGAUAUUGGCAUUGAUGAAUCCUUGGUGAAGUUCUCAGGACUGAAUUCAGCAGCUCAACUAAAGAGCUACUCUUCUGAUCUGCUACGGGACCUGGAAGGCAAAGCUCCAGACUACGUGACAAACCUGGGCUCAGCCCUAACUACUUUCAAACAUGUACCAAAUGCAGUGGGACUGGGUGCACUGGUCAUUUCCGUCAUGCUGGACCUCAUAAUCAGGUCUUUAGCUGAAGAACAGCACAGUGACAGCACGUUGAACAUGGUGCGUCGUGUGUUCGGAGAGGAAAAAGCUUCAGGUAUCAGAGAUUCUAUGGACGAGUAUAUAAAGCGCCUCAGCAUGCAUGUGAAUGACCCGCUGAAGGCACUGGAGGAGACGGAGUGUUUGGAGAAACAGCUGAGUGACCAGCUGACCCGUCUGAGGAACUCCAUGCUCCACGAGGACCAAAUGAGCACCCGGUCCAUGAAGCACUGGACAAACGGCGCCGCCUUCCAUUUGCAGAUGCUGGUUCAUUCAGCCCGGCUGAAGAUGGCAGUGAACAACUCGAGCUGCGAGAUGGACCUUCAAGGCCAUGUGACAUCUGUCAGCACUGUGACCGACUUCUAUCAGAAACACUUACAUGAGCUGCUAGAGAAGUACACUAGUUACAAGCGUUCUACCAUCUCGAUCAUAAUGAUAGUAGUGUCUAGACUUUUACUCCCGUGUUCCAGACUUGCAACAAUAUACCUUGUCUGGGAUCGUGAGACUGAACUGUACGCUGAAACUAGUUUGUCUGGGAGUCGUCGUUGUCAGGAAGUGCCAUCGGAUGUCUACUUCGACUACAUGUUAAGUUGAGCUACAUUUAUUACUCUGAUCAUGGGGGAAAGUUAUUCUAAGGAAGAAGAAGAGCUUUUCAUGGCUGAUCUGUUUAGCUUGGCUCUGGAAUCUGGUUUGAUGCCCGAUAUCGACAUCGACGACUCCUUGACAAGGUAUUCGGGAUUGAAUUCAACAGCCGUCCUGGAAGACUACUCUUCCAAACUGCUAACAGACGCAAUUGGCAAAGCUCCAAACUACUUGGCAAGUCUCGGUGCAGUUAUAGCCAGUUUCAAAGGGGUACCAAAUGCAGUGGGAUUAGGUGCACUGAUCCUUUCCUUCAUCCUGGAUCUCGCACUGCUAUCUUCAGCCAUGGACAGUGGUGACAACACGCUGAACAUGAUGCGUCGCGUGUUUGCUGAGGAAAAGGCUUCGGGUGUGAGAGACAUCAUGGACGAGUACAUGAAGCGUCUCAGGAUGCAUAUGUGGGAACCGCUGAAGGCGCUGGAGGAGACCGAACAUUGGGAGAAACAGCUGAGUGACCAGCUGACCCGUCUGAGGAACUCCAUGCUACACGACGACCAAAUGAGCACCCGUGCCAUGAAGCACUGGAUCAACGGCGCCGCCUUCCAUUCGCAGAUGCUCGUUCACGCAGCCCGGCUGAAGGUGGCAGGGAGUAACUCGAUUCAGAAAGACCUUAAAGUCCGCAUGAGCUCUAUCAGCACCGUGACUGACAUUUAUCAGAAGGACUUACAGGAUCUGUUAGAAAAGUACAAGAAGCACAAACGUUCUUCCAUCAGACUUGAAAAAUCGCUAUUACCAGGAGCAUGGUGUUACAGAGCGUGCCAACUGACACACUGCAUAGCUCGUGAUUAUGAGGUUGGACGUAUGACUCCAAGUAUCAAGCAUCCUGUCUAUGGGAACCAAUAUUGCAAAAACUCUUUAGACGCUUAUCUCGACUACAUGUUUAACAACUGGAACCUGGUAAAAAAGCUGAAUGACUAUUUCUCUGUUCUUAAGGGGAAUCUAAGGGAACUUAUACUACAGCGACAAGCUUUCAAUGUGCUAAACAUCUCACCUGACUCAAGCACUGCUGUGGACUAACACAGACUGCAUAUGCUCUCAAAUUAAUUGACAUGCUUUUAUUAUUUUUAUAUUAUUUGUUAUGCUUACUCUUAUUAUUUGAUAAUUACAGUUGUUUUGUAGUUUUCUACAUUAUGAUUGUUCUUACUGUACUCAACAAUAUUUUCUUACUUUUAUAUGCAUGGUUCAUGUAUUUUUUAGCACUAAUCUGUUUAUUAGUUUUAAUUGGUUGUCUUGAUUUUUGUCUUAUUUGUCUUAGCACAUGCUAAUUUCUAUUUUUAUAUACUGUUUUGAUAAUUUCUUGGUCACACUUUGUUUUCUUUAAUAUACUUUUAACAUCACAAAUAUGUAUUUACUCUUUUCUGUAUGAUACUUGGCUGCAUUGUAAAUGAGGGUCACCCUCAGUGUCCAAUAAAGGUUGACUGAUUGAAAAA